AUGAAUGUUCAAAGCCUUUUCUCUCUUCUUCUUCUUCUUGUCCUCUCGAAGACAGCUCAUGCUCAGCUUCAUGUAGAACAUUACAGAAGCUCAUGCCCAAAUGUUGAAGCAAUUGUGCAUGCUGCGGUCAAACAGAAGUUUGAGCAGACAUUUGUGACAGCUCCAGCCACUCUGAGGCUCUUCUUCCAUGAUUGUUUCAUCCGGGGAUGUGAUGCUUCAAUAAUGCUAGCUUUUCGGAACAAUUCAGCGGAGAAGGACAACUCCGAUAACCUUUCGCUCGCCGGAGACGGGUUUGAUACCGUGAUCAAAGCCAAGGCUGCUGUUGAUAGAGUGCCCCAGUGCAGGAACAAGGUUUCUUGUGCUGACAUUCUGGCCUUGGCCACAAGGGAUGUCGUAAGACUGACUGGGGGACCGUAUUACAGAGUUGAAUUGGGAAGACUUGAUGGGAGGAUUUCUACAAAAGCCAGUGUGAGACAACAUCUUCCUCAUCCUGAUUUUAGGUUAGACCAGCUGAAUUCGAUGUUCGCCUCCCACGGUCUCUCUCUGACCGAUCUCAUUGCACUCUCAGGUGCACAUACAAUUGGAUUCUCGCACUGCAACAAAUUCACUCACCGGAUAUACAGUUUCAAAAGCCAGAACAGAAUUGAUCCAACGAUGAACUUGGCAUAUGCAAGGCAUCUCAAACAAGAGUGUCCGGCAAAUGUAGACCCCAGAAUUGCUGUUAACAUGGACCCAACCACACCCCAAAAGUUCGACAAUGUCUACUACAAGAACCUUCAGCAAGGAAAAGGGUUGUUUACUUCUGAUCAGUCUUUGUUCACUGACGCCAGAUCAAGAAAAAUUGUCAACUUGUUUGCAGCAGACGCCGCCGCUUUCGAACGGGCUUUUGUGGCUGCCAUGACAAAGCUCGGAAGAUUUGGAGUUAAGAAUGGAAAGCAGGGUGAAAUUAGGCAUGAUUGUGCUGCUGUGAACUAA